CACCAGGCCCAUGGAAACUCCCCUUCAUAGGCAGCCUCCACCACAUCUCUAUCAAUGCCCUCACACACCACUCUUUUCUCUCCCUGGCACGCAAAUACGGCCCUUUAUUUCAUCUAAAACUAGGCCAGAUCUAUUUCAUUGUCGCCUCAUCCUCCUCCACUGCCUCUGAAAUACUCAAAACACACGAUCAAAUCUUCGCAUCUCGACCCACCAUGUUAGCCGUCAAAACCAUUGCCUACAACUCCAUUGGUAUUGGCUUCUCCCCUUACGGCCCUUACUGGAGACAAAUGCGUAAGAUAUGCACUCAAGAGCUUCUGAGCUCAAAAAAGGUGAAGUUUUUUGGAUUUAUAAGAGAUGAGGAGUCUUUGAAGAUCGUGGAAAGGAUUGGUAGGGGGAGUGGAUCGACCACAUUAAAGGUGAAUAUGACAGAAAUAUUUAUGGACGUAUUGAAUGUGAAUAUAAUGAGGGCGGCAUUUGGAAAGGAUUGGGAGAGUAACAGAGAGAGAUUUUUGAAGGCGUUAAAGGAGACAAUGAUGUUGUUGCCUUUGUUGAGGUUGGCGGAUUUGUUUCCUUCGUUGGGGUUUGUGAUAAGUGUGUUGGAUGGGUCGAGGGUGAGGAUGAAGAAUGUAAGGAGAGAGAUCGAUGUGAUUUUGGAUGAGAUAAUUGCAGAGCAUGUGAUCAAGAGGGAAGCAGGGAAAGGGGAUGGGGAGGAGGAUUUUGUUGAUAUUUUAUUGAGGGUGAAAGAGAAGGGCGAAUUUCAAAUCCCACUAGCCGUUGAGAACAUCAAAGCUGUCAUCUUGGACAUACUUGUGGGGGCAACUGAAACUACAUCUGGGACGUUAGAUUGGGUGAUGACAGAGCUAACCCGACAUCCAGAAAUCAUGCAUAGAGCUCAACUUGAAAUUCGAGAAGCCCUUAGAGGAAAAACAGUAAUAGAAGAAAGUGACAUAAAUAAGCUCGACUAUCUAAAAAUGAUCAUCAAGGAAACUUUGCGAUUGCACCCUCCUCUACCCUUGCUAAUCCCUAGAAUUUGCAACAAAGAAACUAAGCUUUUAGGGUUUACCAUACCUUCCAAAAGCUGGGUGGUGGUGAAUGCAUGGGCCAUUGGAAGAGAUCCAGACUAUUGGGAGAAUCCUGAGAGCUUCAAUCCAGACAGAUUCAAACAAUGUACAGUGGAUUUCAUAGGGGCAAAUUAUGAUUACAUUCCAUUUGGUGCUGGGCGUAGAAUAUGUCCUGGGAUGGGAUUUGCUUUGGCUGGGAUAGAGCAUUUUCUUACUCUUCUGCUCUAUCACUUUGACUGGGAGCUUCCAGAUCCAAAGGUAUUUGAUGUUGAUGAGGGAUUGACUGGCUCAGCAAGGAGGAAAAAUGAUUUAUAUUUGCUUGCCAGGCCUUAUUCUCCAAUAUCAGACGUGUGAUUUUCAUUUUUAUCAUUGUCAUUAGCUUUGUCUCUACUGUUUCUGUAAGCUUUAUGAACGGAUCUAUCUUUGAAAGG